UACCAGAAGUUAAACGAUUCCCAGGACACGUUUGUCGCAUGUGGGCGGUCACUCGAUCUAUCUUUACCGACUUCUUCGGUUGGCAUUACACUACUGAAAGUAAAUGGGCCGUCCCAGUAUCCACUUCCGACUGUGAAGAAAUGCGGGAUCUAAGGAAAUGCAAAAACGAGACAAUGUACGCGAAAGGCAGUCACAAGUACACCUAUGACGUGAUACCCUCGUUACAGCCGGUUUGGAUGACAAAACGUUGGGCCGUCACAUUCCAUUGUAAAAUCGCGGAGGUCGCACUGGAAAGUGAGUGCGACAAUUGCACUAUCAACUCCCCCGUCGGUACAAUCGAAUUCCCCUAUAACGGAUCCGUGACCAGAAACCUUCAAACGCUUAUUUGGGAAGACGCGUACAAAGAAAAAAAACCAUGUGAUCUCAAACUAGCAGGCGAAUCGGUAAACGACGGCCUGUUGUACAAGACUCACGACCCAAAAAUGCGACGCUUACAGGAUCGGAUCAGCCAAACAGACUACCUCGUUAAUGUUACGAAGGAAUUAGAACGGUGUGGCAAAUCCGCCUUGUUCAGCAUAAAUGGAAUGGAAAAAAUCCUGAUUGUCAUUAACAUACCAACGCCGGAACUGUAUACCUCAUAUGCCUCGGGUUUUACGAACGCUACAGAACCACUAGCCACUCCAUUGUUAGUCGAAGUACACUCAAACGGGUCUUACGACAGCAUCGAUUCCCAGAAUACCACAGAGCGUAAGAUUCCAGCGUCAUUAGCAGCAGAGAUCAAGCAGGCGGCUCAUCAUCAAUAUACCAGGGAUCUGGCACUAGACCAAGUAAAUCGGCUGGCGAAUGAAAUUAGACGCCUCCAAUGCGAGAACCGAAAAGCAACACGCAAUAGUAUCCUCUUGAGUGCUAAGAACGAUGGGUGGUACGCGGCUACCCAACUCCAACUGCCUAGUUGUUCAAGAUUAACGGUGUAUGGAGCGCAGGUUGAGGUUGCACGUUGCGCACCUUUUAAUGUAUCCUUCGGGGCCGAGCGGACGAAAUGUGGAAAUCAGCCCCGUUUUAUGAACUUCACAAUAGCCCAUAACGGAUGGCAACUUGUUCCAUAUCACCCAUGUUAUUGGCCCGAACCUAACUACGUCAACUUUAAUGGGAAAACUCACAUCUACGCGGAUGGUGGGUGGGUUCCGGUAAUCUCAACAGUUCCAACAAACGGCAGACGCCUGGUCGGAUUGGCGACGUAUGAAGCUGAUAAUUCUCUACAAAAUUUUUUGCAAAUGAAUCCCGCGAUGCAAAACGGGCCGUUGAGUCACGCGUCGGUGAUGGCCGACAUCUUGGCUUCUAUUCAUGAACAUUACGCAGAAGAUAACUCACGUCAAUUACUGACAUCAAACGUACUCAUUCAUCACGGCGACGCACCGAACAUUGAUUUCGUCGCUAAGAUCGGUGGAUGGGUAAAGAAUUUCGGAGCAGUCUCGGGAUUUGGCGCGUUGUCAGUAUUGGCCGUGAGAUUUUGCGGAAUCGGUUCGCUACUACUCAAGGCUUUCCCCCUCCUUUCCAAAAUCCUCCAAAUGACUUGUUUCAAAAAGCCUCCAUUGGCCAUCACCGCUGCAGAUCUACCCAUGUCCAUCGACGUACAACCAACAGCAGUGACCAACCCAUCCCAAUCCACCGCAUCCGCAUCGACAGCAGUUCCACCACGCCGUACGCGACCGCGCCAACCACGACCGCCACACACGACUCAGGAAGGCGAGGCCUUCUUACCACGUAGACAGCCACGAAGAGUAGAAUAAAAUUGCCAUAGUGUCGUUUUUUUAUCACUAGUACCUUUCCUUUUCCCUUAUAAUUUCGCCGCUGUGUACCUAUAAUCAAUAUGCUCCAAUUGUGUAAUUUCGCCGCUGUGUACCUAUAAUCAAUAUGCUCCAAUUUGUGUACUUUCCUUAAAACCCUCUUCUAGACUCAAUAGCAUAAUUUUCUGGUGUCGGAUUGUCCACUUUUCAAACCAUGUUUCAUUUUUUCGUCUCCUAAGUAGAAACGGGUCAGCAAAGGAAGUUACAAGGGAGAAUGUAAAAGAGAUCAAAAGUAUACGCACCCCCCAAAAACAAAAACAAAAAAGCACUGUAAUAAUACUCACGAAGGAUAUGCCGGCUGAAUGGUUCAACUCGGGAGCACGACAAAUAGACGAAGUCUAAUCCAGGAAACUGAAACGUCGUACCCGUGUCAUCAGCGUAGGAUUCACACAUCAUUCGAUGAAACUAAAAUACAGAAGCUAGGACUGAUUGUUGCGGGACGCAACAAAAGAGGAGGGGGUGA